UACAGAAGUAGAGUUACGCUAUUUGACCUAAUUUGAAGCAGAAAAUUGGAUAAGCUGCACGCAGUCUGCAGAGCAAGGAACGACACUCUCCAGAAAAAGGUCCGCCUCCUGCCCACACAUGUUUAAGAUUAGCAGGCUGGGGGGAAUCCCCCUUAUUGUUCUCUCGGACAGGCUGGUGGUUAGUUGGCGCAAACUACUAACGACUGGGUGUUUUUCUCUGCCUAUGGUCCGCCACAUGGAGAUAAAACACUACACGGAUGUGUGAGCGACAAAUCAAAGAGGUGUAUGUGGUUACUGAUCGGAUUUUGGAUGUUACGACCGUCACGGGUGAAGUUGGACCUCGUCGGGAUUUGAAAGGAAGUAACCUCUUCGUGGCCAUAUGACUUAGCAGAGGACAUCAAUGGAUUCUUGUGGAUUACUGACUUACUGACAAGUUGGACUUACCUCAAAAUCUUUGCACGGUGUUUUCUCAGGACACAAUGUGGAGUCAGCAAGCUGGUACAACAAAUAACUCAUGUCCGUACAGGACAUCGAACAUGGUGCUUCACGCAAUACUCUCUAACAAACAUCAAACAUCAAAUUGGGAGACUUCAGCAGUCCGUCAGGCAUUUUCUUUUCAGCAGCCAGCUAUAGGGAAGACUAACAAUGACUAUCAUAAAAUGUUACACAGCAAUCUACAAAGCUCAUGUACAAAUACACAAAAUGGAAACCCUCUUCUGCUGGACACUAAUGGACAUCAGGUUGCCACUCAGCAAGAUUUUCAUCCGAACUCGGGAUUCUUCAAGGCAAACACUACAUACUCCCAGCCAGGCAAGGCAGGACAUUGGAACCAACAGGAUAUAGUUCAGACACAUAGCAGACAGAAUAUUCAUAACCAGAAUCACAGACAAAAUGGUACUCAUCAUGGACACUCUCCUACCAACCCAGCACCAUCUUAUAAUAUGGCUGCCCCACAGUCUUUCAGAAACAACAAAAUUACUACAAACUCAUCAAAUGAACAGAUUUUCCACAGUUCGAGCACGGCUUGGAAAACUCAACAAUACCCUUAUCAUCUCAACUCAAAUCAUAACACCCAUAGUCAUCUCAACUCAAAUCAUAACAACACCCACUGUGUCUUGUCAAAGACAAAUAAUGCUACCCAAGAACAAAUACACAGAAACCAGGUAGUCGCAAGAAUUGCGGACGAGCUUCGUAAGUCAUGCACUGCUAGCUCAGAUGGUUGUCCUCCAGUGUAUACUAGUUCUUCUCGCAGAGAGAAUCAGUUUUUCAGCGAGUGCAGAAUGACAGAGCCUAAUCAAAAUAUGCAAUCUGUGACAAUGACUGUCUCUCAAAGUCAUAACUCAAAUGCCUCCCAGUCCUUAUCACUCAAUUCUGGACUAACGUUGCCAAAUACCAGCCACAAUUUUAUGUUAGAAAACCAGCACAGUGUGGAUUUGCCACAACAAAGCUCUGUAUCAAAUGUCUUCUAUGUCCCUGCAACAGUUGAUGGAAGUGGUAAUGGAAAUAAGGCUGCAAAUGCAUGUGUUAAAUCACCAAAUAAUGUAUCUCAGUUUACGAGAAUGCCUGAGAACAUUCCACCACAGAAAAAGACUGAAUAUAAAAAGACUGAAUCAAAGACAGCAAACAGAGAUAUAAACUUGGGGGUCUCUGGAAUGCUCCAGUUUGUCACGGUCAUUGAUGACAACAUUCACUCAUCUCCUGGGCGCAUAGCCACAAGAGCUGUUGCUGUUGUGCCACCAUUGUCACAGGAAUACUAUGAGGGUGUCAGCAUGCAUACAUCCUCUAAUACGAUCAAUCAAUCGCCUCCAAAGGACAAUCUAUGUAAAAUUCAAGUACAAAAUAAAAGUACAAAAUACAAAGAGGCCCAGUAUUAUUCAGCAGCAUCCAGUGAUAGCAAUUGCUCAGCUGGGCCUUGUCAGGCCUUGUCACAAAAACAACUAUGUUCAGAUGACAGUGGAUCUAAACUAGGUACUAGCAUGCAAGUAGACCAGUGUGCUGCAUCAACUGCUCAACAAUCAGUAACCUCUGAACUGCCAGUGAGCUCAAGUGGUCAUAAAGACAGAAGUGAAAAUCAGACGGAUCCAAAAGGCCCUGUUUCUGAGGUCUCUGCAGCAACCCCAUGGACAAUUGGCGCAUUAACUGAAUUGGUACAGGAUAUUGAAAAGACUCAGAUGAUGCUUAGAGGAAAUUCCACAGUGUUUGAUUAUUCUUCACGUGAAUUAUUAUUAAGCCAUUUUUGGGAUGGUAACACUAAAAACUUGUCAUGUAAACUCAAGACGGGCUGGUACAAGGAUUUAAUGGAUGACGUUUUAGAAUUCUGCCAUAAACAUGUAAUGCCAGACUCCAUCAUACUGCCACAAGAAAACGCAAGCUUUAGGAAGGAACCCCAAAGCGACCAUGUCCUCAAAAAUGAUGAAGUAUAUUCAGAGCCACCCUACAAAUCCCUAUGGUUGAAUGUCAAUGAGGACCUUGAUGACAUUGAUAAAGAGUUUGGCUUCCCAUGGUCUCUGAAGCAUCAUCUUCCGGUAAUUGAGAUCCACAGCCAGCCAGAGCAGUCUGAAACAAUCAACAGCAAUCCUGCACAGCUAGUUGACUUAGGUGAAGAAAAACAAACAUCAACUGUUGAAGCCACUACAACACAAGCUGCCUCUCCUAAUAAAACAGAAAGUACUGAUUCCAGUGACCCAUAUUACUCAUUUGAAAUCAAAGUUUUGCCUCCAGAAGAGGCCAGAAUUAUCUUUGAGCAAACACAAAGCAAGAUGCCACAAAGUAUGGACAAGGACAGUCAUCCAGAGAAAAAUAGCUUAGUGGGGGUUGAGCUACCCGAGGCUGAAGAUAGAGAUGUCACAUUGAAUGACUCAACAGUGAAGAACACAACAGGCCGUCCAAUAGAGCAGGUUUGCUGCAUUUCAAGGUGGAUGGAAAUGAUCUGUGGGUCAGACAAUCCUGAUUUGAGUAAAUGCCAGUGCAAAAAUGAGCAAAGUCUUAAAGAUUGUACUGACAAGACCCCUGAUAAGGUAGAGAAGGCGACAUGUAGUCCGUCUGAACUAUGCAAUGAACCCAGUCAAAUCAUUGACUUAACUAAAAAUGACCACACAUCCUACUCACAUUCUGAACCGAAGAACAUCUCCCAGAUAAGUGGUAGUAAGUCAAGCAUUGUUGAAAGAAAGCGAAAAAGAUCAGGCAGUCAUGAAAGUUUUUUUCCACUUCAUAAGAAAUCAAACAAAUGCAACCCCCCCGAUAAUGUAAAUUCACAGCCUUCAACAGAUAAGAAGGUUUUAACUGAUGAUACUGAACCCUCAUCCUCAAACGUUAAGUCUAUACAACUGGUUCUGUUUGGCUCAGCACAAGACUCACGUGUCAACAAAAGGAGACAUAUUUCAUCUUCAGCAACUGUGUCUGGAGUACUGAUGCCUCCAAAAUAUCUCUCUGUGAAUCUCAGUCCCUUGAGUAGAAAGUUAAGUGAAACUGUCCCGACUAAGGAAUAUACAGUCAAACGAUGGAUCUAUGAAAAAUGGAGGAGAAGUUUACCACCAAUUAAAAUCCAAUGCAGAAGCAAACUGAAAACACAGAAAUGUGCUUUUUCCUCUUUUUCUGGUGUAAAAAAUCCUAAGCACCGCCUGAGUCUGACAAGAAGGAGGUCCCUCCCUGACAAUCUUAAAUCUGGAAAGGAAAAAACGAAGAUGGAUGUGGUCCCACUAGAACAACCUGCUGAUAAAGACAGUAGGAACACUAAAAAUGGCAGCCAUGGUGGCAAGCCUCACCAGGAGAACAGCGUCCUGACAUUCAACGUGUUACCCAGUACCUUCAACUUCAAAAAUAGAUCCAAUGAGGGAAAGGAGAUCAAUGGCUCUUUUACAAAUAAGACUGCCCUUGAUGAAGGAAAAGACAGCAGCCCCAACAAACCUCUCACGAAGGAAAGAGGUACAUGGUAUCCAAAUUUGGAGAAGAAGCAUUGUCCUCUUCGUUCACCUCCCGUCCUCAAAAACAAAAACAGCAUCUUCCACAAGUUUCAGAAGAAAUACAAGGAGAAGACGCAGCCAUUGAUGAAGGAAUGACAUGACAGGCCUCAGAGACAGUUUUUAAAUUGAAUAAUGUCUCUCUCUCUCUCUCUCUCUCUCUCUCUCUCUCUCUCUCUCUCUCUCUCUCUCUCUCUCUCUCUCUCUUAAAUUUAUGUUGGGCCUAAUUUGUACCUCUGAAUAUGAUUGUAACCUGCAUAUAGUAGUUAUGUUCUCAACAGUUUACACAUCAGUUGUUUACAUGGAGGAUUCAAGUUCUCCACUUACAGACUUACUUGACUUACUGUGAACUGUAUUUUUAUGUCUUCAUUUUUUAUACAUUAAGUUUUUUAUACAAUACUUGCAACAUAUAUGUAUAUAAUGUUUCUAUUUUUUUACAUACUGUUUUUUUUUUUUUUUUUUUACAAAUCACAAAAAUCUUUAAAUUAUUGUAUAAUAACUGAGUAUGUGCUGUUUUCCAUGCAUGGGAGAAUGUUGUUGGAAAUUUUGUACAUUGGCUAUAAAAUAAAAACCCCAAACUGAACAGGACAAA